GCUGCGCUCCGAUAUCCGCUUUCUUGUCUCACGUAAGGUCAUCUUUGGUGCAUCUCUGGCCUUGGUCAACAUCGGUCUCUCAAACUCCCGAAAAAAAUGAGUCGGAAAUUCUUCGUUGGUGGAAACUGGAAGAUGAACGGCAACAAAGAAAGCCUGGGGGAGCUCAUCGACACCAUGAACGCGGCCAAGGUGGACCCCAACGUCGAGGUGGUGUGUGGUGCUCCGUCUAUCUACCUGGACUUUGCCAGGUCCAAGCUGGAUGCAAAGUUUGGCGUGGCUGCUCAGAAUUGCUAUAAAGUCACCAAGGGUGCCUUCACUGGGGAGAUCAGCCCUGCGAUGAUCAAGGACUGUGGUGUGGCCUGGGUGAUCUUGGGACACUCUGAAAGGCGUCAUGUCUUUGGAGAAAAUGACGAGCUCAUCGGGCAGAAGACAGCUCACGCUCUGGAGAGCGGCCUUGGCGUAAUCGCCUGUAUUGGUGAGAAGCUGGACGAGAGAGAGGCUGGCAUCACCGAGAAAGUUGUCUUUGAUCAGACUAAAGUCAUCGCAGACAAUGUAAAGGACUGGAGCAAGGUUGUGCUUGCUUAUGAACCUGUGUGGGCCAUCGGCACAGGAAAGACCGCUUCACCACAACAGGCUCAGGAGGUCCAUCAAAAAGUGAGAGAUUGGUUAAAGAAAGACGUGUCUGAGGCUGUGGCGAAUUCAGUCAGGAUCAUCUAUGGCGGCUCUGUGACCGGUGCCACCUGUAAAGAACUUGCUUCCCAAACAGAUGUGGAUGGUUUCCUUGUGGGCGGUGCCUCUCUGAAGCCAGAGUUUAUUGACAUCAUCAACGCCAAGGCAUAAAACACAACAAGACAUUGCCCAGAUGAGAUGCCAGCUCUGUUCAGUUUAAUCAGCCUUCUUCCCCCCCACUUUUUUUUUUUAAUUCAAAGAAUUUGUGUAACAAUGGUGUUCCCUCAUUUUCCUUUUGUGUAUUUUUUUUUUCUUCCCCCACAUAGAAAAGGGACAGAUUGACAAACUGCUGCACUGAAACGGUUAAGUCUACUGAGAUGGUCUCUUGUGCGUCCACACAAAGGCUGGAGAUGUAAAAUAU